CUCAUGGGUUUCCUUGGCCUCACUUACCGACGCCCGCCGUCGCAACCCAUUGGCAGGCCAACAGAUGAGGAGAACAACGAGUCACUGGCCCAACAGUCAGUGGCCAGCAUCCACUCGGACACAUCAAUAGGCAUCCCAGAUGCCUUGCAAUUCGACAGGAUCAUGGACGGCGGCACUUGCCCCCCGUGCACCGUUCGUGACUUCUUAAACUACCUCAUCUAUAUCGAGCACAGCGCGGAGAACCUGCAGUUCCUCCUGUGGCACCGUUCCUACGUGCGGCGCUUCCACAGCGCCGAUACGCCCGACCUCGCUCUCGCGCCCGAGUGGACCGAGGAAGAGCAAGAUGAAACCUUCGCCAAGCUGCAGAAGGAGUACCGCGACGGGCUCAGGCGCGACCCGGCUUCGGUGGCGGCGGUCCUGAAGGGCACCGAUUUCGAGAAAGACAGUAACACCUUUGCCACGGGCAACCCAAGAUUCCUCGACAGUCGGACGCCUGUCUUCUUCGAGAUGGGAAACAGUAAUCCGUUCUCCACGCCCCCCGGGACGCCGUCUCUCAAUGAUCGGGGCUCAUCGAGUGAGUAUGGGACUGCCGGAUCGCCUGCCGCGGCGAGUUGGCGGAGGCAGGCGAACGAAGCCUUCGCUGCAGUUGGAAUCAAAGCGCCAUUCACCAUCCAGCCCUUCCGUGAGGAAAUCGAUCGCGUGAUCGCCACCUACAUCAUGGACAACGCACCCCGUCAACUCAACCUCUCGGCCCGCGAGCGCCAACAGUUGCUGAUCGCCCUCAGCCAGACUACACACCCAACUGCUUUUCGCCAAGUGGAGCGGUCCGUCGAAUCGACCCUCCGGAUGCAGGCACAUCCCAACUUCAUCCGAUGGUCCAUCUGCAACGGCAACCCGGCGCGCGUCUUCUUUGCCAACUUCCUCGGCGCAUUCCUCAUCGUUGGCAGCCUGGUCGCAUACAUUCUGCUCUGUCUGAGCAGCGUACCCAGGGGCUAUCGCGCCAUUCCCGCUGUGGGGAUGGUUCUCGGCGUGUCGACACAAUGCGCCGCGCUCAAGGGGAUGUGCGUCGUGCUGCACGGCAUGCACCACCGCCACGUGAGGCCAUGGGAGAUGUUCGUGGAUGAGGAGGUGGAGCUGCGGGAGGACGGCAGCGAUGAGAAGGGCUCAGGCCCGCACGGGGCCAGCUCUUCGACAUUUAGCAGCUCGAACAGCUACGAGGACCAGCCGUGGGUGGUCAAGUACGAAAAGCGCAAUCUCAUCCGGAAGGUGUUUGAUCGAGAGGUGUGGAUUCAAGAGCCUGCGCUCAGGAGUAUCCAGGACACCAUCUUUGUGCAGGCCAUGCUUGUCGCAGCGGUAUCGACAGCCAUUCUGACGGCAAUAUUUGUAUGUGUUCCUGGCGGUAACUUCUACUGA